CCCCGGGGCGAGCGGGCGUCGCCGCUAGGGUGCAACCCUGCCCUGGCCUGGCAGGUCCCAUUCCGUGCCCGCCGCGGGAGGAAAACCGAGGCGAACGGCCGCCGCCCCGCGGAGGGAGAGGGGGGGCGGCGGAGUCACAGCAGCUUCAGGUUUCCUCCUGGAGCCGGUGGCGGGCGCGGCCAUGUGAUGAGGAGGUGGCGGCGAGCCCGGCAGGCCGGAGAUGCAGGAGCCAUGGAGUUGAGCUGCAGCGAAGUGCCUCUUUAUGGACAGAGGACGGUCUAUGCAAAGUUUGGGAAAAAUGUUUAUCUCCCCAAAGAUGCCGAGUUUUACUUUAUUUAUGAUGGGUCACAUCAGAGACACGUGGUGAUUGCUGAGCGCAUCGAAGCUAAUGUUCUUCAAGCCAGCAUUCCAGGCCAUUGGCUUCAGGAGACCGUGAUGGUGUCUGUGUGCCUUUGCUCAGAAGGGUACUCCCCAGUGACCAUGGGCUCCGCGUCAGUGACCUACGUGGACAACAUGGCCUGUAGACUGGCUCGUCUACUCGUCACUCAGGCUGACCGGCUCACGGCCUGUAGUCACCAGAUGCUGCUGACCCCGUUUGCCCUGACAAUGGAAGCCCUGCCUGCCUUGGAUGAGGAGCUGGUGCUGGCCCUGAGCCAACUGGAGCUGCCUUUGGGCUGGACGGUCCUGGGAAAUUUCUCUCUUGAAGUGUCUCUCCACAGAGAGUCUCUCCUGCACCUAGCCGUGAGAUGGGGCCUGCCUAAGCUUUUCCACUUCCUCUUGUGUCUCCCGGGGGGCGUCAAGGCCUUGGAGCUACCCAAUGAAGAGGGUACCACACCAUUAGACCUGGCUUUGCAUGGUGGACACUCCAUGCUGGUGGAAGACAUCACAAAUUUUCAGGGUAGCCGGUCCCCAGGCUUCUCCCGACUGCGCCUCCACGAAGAUGCGUCUCUACAAUUUGCUCACUCAUCGGAAACCUUGACUCUGACUGUUAACCACACAGCCGAGCAUUUGCUGGAGGCAGAUAUCAAGCUCUUCCGGAAGUAUUUUUGGGACAGGACCUUUCUUGUCAAGGCUCUUGAGCAAGAAGCAAAGACAGAAGAGAGACGACCAACCAUGCCUUCUGGAGCUGUAGAAACUGAAGAAGAGAUUAAGAAUGUGGAGUCUGACAGAUCUCCGCCUGAUGAGGAGGAUGGAAAGUGUGUCAAAAGCCAGGUGGAUGGACUGGACGAACACGAAGACCAGGAGCGCCUAGAUUUGGAUCACUCCUUUGAUGGCUUCAAAAAGUCCAAGCAUGCCCCAACGUCCCUUGCUGCGGGCCAGCUCUCUGACGUGCUGAAUGGGGGUGAUGAAGUCUAUGCUAACUGCAUGGUGAUUGAUCAGGUUGGCGAUUUGGACAUCAACUACAUCAACAUAGAGGGACUCUCAGCCCAUACGAGCCCCGAAUCCAUGAGGUCCACUCUGGGGCCUCAGGCUUGCAGACACAUCCCUCCUCCUGACUGCAGUCCCUGUGGGCAUCCACUCGGUGAGGACAGUGAGGGGCCGGCGAGCACGGCAGCCCUGCAGCCCUGCCUGUCACCGGCCAGCUCCUGCACUUCUCAGCUGAACCUUCCUUUUGGUCUUCAUGAAUUUGAGAAGGAGCAGGGUCAUCUCAAGAAAAGAAGUUCCAGCCUGGAUGCCCUGAAUGCCGACAGUGAGGGGGAAGGGCAUUCUCAGCCCCCCAUCUGCUAUGCUGUGGGUUCCUCAAGAACGGGGCUUCCUAGUGGAGAUGAACUGGAUUCUUUUGAGACCAGCGCUGAAGCAGAUUGUAAUAUCUCCAGGACCGAAUCACUUUCCCUAUCCAGUACUCUGCAUUCAAAGGAGUCCCUGCUUUCUGGGAUUCGCUCGCGUUCAUACUCCUGCUCAUCACCCAAAGUCUCUGUCGGGAAGUCCCGGCUAGUGCGUGAUUUCACAGUGUGCAGUUCCACCGAAGAACAGAGAUCAUAUAGUUUUACGGAGCCACCAGGAGAAAAAAGAAUUCAGGAAGAAGAAUGGGACGAAUACAUUAUUCCUGCAAAAUCUGAAUCAGAAAAGUACAAAGUGAGCCGGACGUUCAGCUUCCUCAUGAACAGGAUGACCAGCCCUCGGAACAAAUCUAAGAUGAAAAACAAGGAAGCCAAAGACAAAGAAAAACCGAAUCGGCACCAGUUUGUCCCAGGAACCUUCUCAGGGGUUCUGCAGUGCUCGGGUUGUGAGAAAACACUUCUGGGGAAAGAGUCACUCCAGUGUGCCAACUGUAAGGCGAACACACACAAGGGCUGCAAAGAUGCUGUGCCUCCCUGUACCAAGAAAUUCCAAGAGAAAUACAACAAGAACAAACCACAAACCAUCCUUGGAAGCACCUCACUUAGAGACGUCCCACAACCGGGACUCUCCUUGCACCCGUCCUCCUCCAUGCCAAUCGGACUGCCAGCCGGACGGAAGGAAGCUGCAGGGCAGGUGCACCCGCUGUCCAGAAGCGUCCCGGGAACCACUUUGGAGAGCUUCAGGAGGUCAGUGACAUCUUUGGAGUUGGAGGGGGACAGUACCAGCUGGCGAAGCAGAUCUCAUUCUGAUGAGCUAUAUCAGUCCAUGGGCUCUUCCCCCUCCACAGAGUCCUUCAUGAUGGAAGAUGUUGUGGAUUCUUCUCUGUGGAGCGACCUCAGCAGUGAUGCCCAGGAGUUUGAAGCCGAGUCUUGGAGUCUUGUGGUGGACCCUUCCUUUUGCAGUAGGCAGGAGAAGGAUGUUAUCAAAAGACAGGAUGUCAUUUUUGAGCUGAUGCAGACGGAGGUGCACCACAUGCAGACACUACUCAUCAUGUCUGAGGUCUUCAGGAAGGGCAUGAAGGAGGAGCUGCAGCUGGACCACAGCACAGUGGACAAGAUCUUCCCCUGCUUAGAUGAGUUGCUGGAAACCCAUAGGCAUUUCUUCUUCAGCAUGAAGGAACGCAGGCAGGAAUCCUGCAUGGGUAACGACAGGAAUUUUGUGAUCAACCGAAUUGGAGAUAUUCUGGUACAGCAGUUUUCAGAAGAAAAUGCAAGUAAAAUGAAGAAGAUCUACGGAGAAUUCUGCAGCCAUCACAAAGAAGCCGUGAGCCUCUUUAAGGAGCUCCAGCAGAACAAAAAGUUUCAGAACUUUAUUAAGAUCCGAAACAGCAACCUUUUGGCCCGCCGCCGAGGAAUCCCAGAGUGCAUCCUGCUUGUCACCCAGCGCAUCACGAAGUACCCGGUUCUGGUGGAGAGGAUCCUGCAGUACACAAAAGAGAGGACUGAAGAACACAAAGACCUAUGCAAAGCUCUUGGCUUAAUUAAGGACAUGAUAGCAGCUGUGGAUCUAAAAGUCAGUGAAUAUGAGAAGAACCAAAAGUGGCUGGAGAUCCUAAAUAAAAUUGAAAACAAGACGUACACCAAGCUCAAAAAUGGGCACGUGUUUAGGAAGCAGGCCCUGAUGACUAAGGAAAGGGCCCUCUUGCAUGACGGGCUCGUCUACUGGAAAACUGCUACAGGCCGUUUCAAAGAUAUCCUAGCUCUGCUUCUAACUGAUGUGCUGCUCUUCCUACAAGAAAAAGACCAGAAAUACAUCUUUGCAGCUGUUGACCAGAAGCCUUCGGUUAUUUCGCUUCAGAAACUUAUUGCUAGAGAGGUCGCUAACGAGGAGCGAGGCAUGUUCCUGAUCAGCGCCUCAUCUGCUGGUCCGGAGAUGUACGAAAUCCACACCAAUUCCAAGGAGGAACGGAACAACUGGAUGAGGCGCAUUCAGCAGGCCGUGGAAAGUUGUCCAGAAGAAGAAGGAGGAAGGACAAAUGAGUCUGAUGAAGAGAGGCGGAAAGCUGAGGCCAGAGUGGCCAAAAUCCAGCAAUGCCAAGAAAUACUCAGUAACCAAGACCAACAAAUUUGCAUGUAUUUGGAAGAAAAACUGCAUAUCUAUGCUGAACUUGGGGAGCUGAGUGGCUUUGAGGAUGUCCACCUAGAACCUCACCUGCUCAUCAAGCCUGACCCCGGAGAGCCUCCCCAGGCAGCCUCCCUGCUGGCAGCAGCCCUGAAGGAAGCUGAGAGUCUGCAAGUUGCUGUGAAGGCUUCCAAGAUUGGCGACGGAAGCCAGUCACCUGAGGAAGGCUCCGGAGGAGCUGUCCUGACUGAUGCGUUCAGUUCACAGGAUGUACCAGCAUCGCCAGCUGCUUCACUAGUCACAGAAGGGACAGAAGGAAGAGGCUGUUGGGAUGUGGAUCCUGGGCUCCAGGGUGUGGUAACGGACUUGGCGGUCUCUGAUGCAGGGGAGAAGGUGGAAUAUAGAAGUUUCCCAGGUUCUUCACAGUCGGAGAUCAUACAAGCGAUACAGAAUUUAACCCGUCUCCUCUAUAGCCUUCAGGCUGCCUUGACCAUCCAGGACAGCCACAUCGAGAUCCACAAGCUGGUUCUACAGCAGCGGGAGAGCUUGGCCUUUUUCCGAGGUAGCCCCGUGCAGGACCAGGAGAAAUCCCGCUACCUGGAAAAGCAGCGGGAAGAGUUGGCUAACAUCCACAAGCUUCAACACCAAUUCCAGCAGGAGCAGCGGCGCUGGCACCGCCUGUGCGAGCAGCAGCAGCGUGAGCAGGAAGCCCAAGAGAGCUGGCUACAAGCGCGGGAACGCGAGUGCCAGUCACAGGAGGAGCUCUUGUGGCGCCACCGCAGUGAGCUGGACCACCAGCUCCAAGAGUACCAGCAGAGCCUCGAGCGGCUGCGGGAGGGCCAGCGGAUGGUAGAGAGGGAGAGACAGAGGAUGCGUGUCCAGCAGGGUCUGCUGGGCCACUGCAAACACAGUCGCCAGAGGAGUCUCCCUGCUGUCUUCUCUCCAGAAAAUAAGGAGGUAAUGGAACUUAAUCGAGCUGAGAGUUUGUGUCAUGAAGACUCAUUUUUCAUCAACGAAGCUUUGGUACACAUGUCACUUAACACUUCCAAUAAACCAAAUCCGUCGGGUGUCCCAUGGGACACUUACCCCCCAGGUGUAUCUCCUUUUGAUCUGGUGAGGACUAGUGACAACCAAACAGAACUGAAGAGAGAUGUUUCUCAGCCUCCAGAUGUCAACCAUGAACUCUGGACAGCCACGGGGCCCGGCCAUGAGAUACCUGCCCUCCAAGUAAACGUCCAGGAUUCUUGUAAAAAUGAUUUGAACUCCUUCCAGAGUGACUCCCCAGACCCCCAGGACACAAGUCAACAUGGUCCUCAGCCACAGACGCUCCCCACAGAAGUGAAGCUAACUCUCCCAAUGGUGACCAGUCAAGGUGGGGAUGCUGGAGAUGGAGCUGAAGAAAACAUUGUUUACCUCUGAUCAUGUGCUCCUUUGUUUUCUCCAAGGAAACCAACAAAAACACUGGCACUUUGGGGGAGAACCUUCCCUGGGCCCCAGUCCUUAUGUGUGUGAUUGUCUGUGCCCAAAUUGCUUUAAGAAGAAUAUUUAAUAUUUCAUUCAAGUUCAUUCUUUUGGGCAUGAGUCUAAUAAUUAAAUUAUUGAAAACGGCACUGUGUGUAUUGUCUUUAACUUCUCUCACCCACUUUCAAGUUUGUAGAGGAGAAACUUAACUUCACUGAGUCGAAGGAUGGGAAAAAGUUGUUUUGACUUUGAAUUCCAUAUUGUACAUUGUAGCCAUUCAUCUGGAGAGUGAAAUGCCUUUUAAGGUAAAGAUGAAGCCAUUUUGAUGGGGAGAGAAUGAUCUUUGCCAGGAGUCAACAGCUGUCCAACAGUUGCUCAUUGACUAUGACCUCGAUAACCUCAAAGGCAGAGAUGGCUUUGGGAAAGGCCUUUUCUCGCUUUGCUCUUAUGUGUCUGGGACAUCAGAGUUGGAGCGCUGUCACCCUCACCAUGCAGCAUGUGUGUCCCAUCUAAGCAUCUGUGCUUCAACACAGUCCGGACACAGCAAGGGCCUGAGUCAUCCACUCCCACUCCGAGGCUCACUUUCUUGUUCUACUGCUGGCUGGUUCUGCGGCUCUAUUCAGCAGCGUCUCUGAGGCCAGCCCGGAGCUUCCCACAAGAUAGACCUCACUGGGCUCUGCUGGCAGAGGAAUGAGUGCGAAGAUCCCCAUCCACUGCAAUGAACUCAUCCCUGCAGUUCUUAAGGACAGAGUAGCUAGGCUUGGGGAAGCUUGCUGCCUGCAUGGGCUUUUCUCCAGAGGGACAAGUGGCACUUCUUGAUUUUAGAGCACCAUGGAUCUCUGUGAGAAAAUAAACCAGGAAAUGUCUUCAUCUUGUUCUUCGGAAAUAUUUGUAUUACAUUCCGGUCAGUGUCAAUAAAUACC